AUGAAGUCUAGUGACGUUGGAUACUCACCAGCCUUUCAAUACGUGCUCAAGAUGUCCCAGAGUUCAAAUGUGACUCCUCUUGGACUAGAUACUUUCGGGAAGAGGUAUACAGAGUUUGGAUCUUCAUUGCCAUCUCUCGAUAAGAAUAAGAGAAAUUUAUUACAAAAUUCGUUUAAACCCCCAAAGCAUCCUCAAAUUGAGACUUCUUCAAAUAAUGAAGAUUCAAACAAAUCUGAAUCUUUUAAAAUUCCCAGAAAUAAUAAAAUAACUCCUCUAAAUCUGCAUAAGGACAACUUCAGUACUUUUAAAACAAAGGCAAGGCUUUCAAAGAAUUUUUCUGAAAAAUUGAAAAAUGCUGAGAAAGCAUUUGACAAAUGGUCUAUUACAAGGAAUUCUCAUCUUCGAACCAAGAGCGAAUCAGCAUCGACUCUGGCUUUCCCAAUGAUCCAUAGCAGAAGUACAGAACAAAAAGUGCCACGCAUGUCGAGUCUGACUAAAUUAAAUACUUAUGUUGCAAAAGAUGGUGGGAGAGACAGUAAAAAUGAGUACCACAUGGAUCGACGGAGAGGAACUAAGUCACAUUCGAAAAUAGGACUAUUUCUAGGUGAAAAUAAAUUUACUCCUACUGUUCUAGACUCUUCUCCAAAGGGGAGCCCAUUAUUGGCACAUAAAGAAUCUCUAUUAGAUAAUUUCAGUUCAGAAGUUAAAACUCAAAGUGAUCUUACCCAAAAGAUGAUUAAGAAAUCAGAAAUGUAUCGGAAGAGAAACAACAAUGGCCUGAAGAUAUUUUCAGAGACAGUUUCAAAGCCUCAUGGAUUGUACCCUCGGCAGUACUCUUUAUCCAUCUCGAAGACCUCUAGUCAUCCUAAUUCUCCCUUAUUUCUCAACCAAGGGCUUCCAAAUAACGAGGAUGGGCGUCUUCUAAGGGUACCGACCUUAGAGAGGGAGAAUGAUAGUAGUUCCCAAGAAAGCAGAUCAACAGCUGUUAGGACAUCAAAUCUCGACAAUAGCAGACACAAGAGAGAUACUAAGUUGAUGAGCCAAAGUGACCUCUACCAGAUUAUUAAAGAAAGAAAGAGAAUGGUCGAUUCUAUAUCUGAAGAGGAAGAAGAGAAGCCAGAAAGAAGACUGAAAGGUCUCAUUGGAAAAAUAGAUAGAAAAAUUCCUCGUCAAAGAAUUAUUCACUUUCCUAAGAAGAAGUACACGGAGGAGAACCCAGAGAAAGCAAAGAUACAAGCCCAAAUUUCAAACCCAGUUCGGAUGAAGAAAUAAAAAUAUGAAAAUUAUCCCUGGAAAAUUAAGUCACCAUGCACUCCAAGUAGUCCGAGAGAAAAAGCAAAAACUCGAAAUGAAGAGAUUACAAAACCGUCAUACUCUCAUUAAACAACCAACUACAUUCAUCAGAAAUUUCAAAAAACCUUUCCGAAGGACUACCAACCCCGCUUCAACCCAUGAAUUCAUCCAACUUCGCCAUCCUAGCAUCUCCCCCCUCCAUACCAAAACCCCACAAAAAACCACUCAAAACACCUCUAAAAGCCCUAAUUCCUAACCCUAAGCCUAGUUUUGGCAA